AUGAAAUAUCUAGGGGCAACAAAGAGGGUUUUCGGCAUAGAGAUUUAUAGAGACAGGAAGAGGAGCAAGUUUUGUUUAUCACAGGCAGAGUACCUUAAAAAGGUGCUGAUCAAGUAUGGGAUGGACCAGGCAAGGUCGGCGAGUGUUCCCCACGCGACUCACUUCAAGCUUUCCUUAGAACAAUCGCAAAAAAAUCCCCCAAAUCUCUCUUCGAAAAAUCUAGGGUUUCUUUCUGCAACUGAUCACGGUAGCAACCCUAGGCUCGAAGCGGAGCAGCUGAUCGACAUCCCUGUAACGCCAACGAGCGAGGUCCGCAACAGCAACAACAUCAAUGGCAUCCUUUCCCCCAACCCCACAACGGCUGUGAUCAUCGCAUCCUGGUAUCUGUCCAACAUAGGCGUCCUCCUCCUCAACAAAUACCUCCUCAGCAUUUACGGCUACCGUUACCCCAUCUUCCUCACUCUCCUCCACAUGCUAUCGUGCGCACUCUACAGCAUCCUAGCCAUCCAUUGGCUGGAGCUGGUCCCUUACCAGCCCAUUGUCUCCCGACGCCAGUUCUUCAAGAUCGUGGCUCUCAGCGCAAUCUUCUGCUUUUCGGUGGUCUGCAGGAACACCUCGUUACGGUACCUUCCGGUCUCGUUCAACCCAAUGAUCGGCGCCACGACGCCCUUCUUCACCACCAUCUUCGCCUUUAUCAUCACCUGUAAGAAGGAAUCGUGCGAGGUCUACCUAGCGCUGGUGCCGAUGGUGCUGGGGAUCGUGCUCGCGAGCAACAACGAGCCCCUGUUCCAUCUAUUCGGAUUCCUAGUCUGCGUCGGAUCGACGGCCGGGAGCGCCCUGAAGUCUGUGGUGCAGGUGAUCCUGCUGACGUCAGAGGGGGAGCGGCUGCAUUCAAUGAAUCUGCUCAUGUACAUGGCACCAAUGGCAGCGGUGAUAUUGCUGCCAUUCUCUGUUUGCAAGACAAGUCGAAACAUAGUUCAUGACAUAUCCUUUGAUAUCUAAACUCCAACAUUUUAAAGGGCUGAGUUUUCCAACAAUUUCAUCAGUUGGUCCAAAUGCAGCAAUUAUUCAUUAUUCACUGAAUGCAAAAUCAUGUUCAGAACUUGAUGCUGAUAGCAUAUAUCUAUUUGACUCAGGAGCGCAGGUUUGCUUACAACUCUUUCUUUUUUGUUAUUGCAUUAUUAUUAAUGAUUUUUUUUUUUAAUUGAGGGAUUUAAUAAAAUAGAUAGAUACACUUUAUAUCUAUGCAAGGAAAACUCAUCAUGUAGCAGCACCACACCAUUUUUUUGUAGGUUGUUGCCUAUUUCUUGUGUCCCUCUAAACACAUAACAAAAGAUAAUGGCUGAAGAACAUGCUAGCUCCUAAAUGCUAGCACCGAAUAAUAGUUCCAAGGUUCCAAGUCUUUCAUAGGCACCCAAUGGGUAACACUUUGUGAGUCACAUCAUACAAUCGCAGCAUGAAGGACUCCAAAAAUUUGAAACCUUAUCUAAACUCCCAAGUCCUAGAUGUGCUUCAUUCAUAUUCUUCAUAUCAGUUGAUCCAAAGCAUCAUCUUAAUUUCUGUUAAAAACCUUAGUUUUUAUCAUGGCCUCUCACAUUCAUAUUCUUCAUAUCAGUUGAUCCAAAGCCUGCUAUACUGCUGCAGGUGGACUCUUUUGCUAACUCUAGGCCCCUACAUUCCUUGUAAUUUAUUUCAUUUCUCUUGAUGCUUGCUUUCAUGUUAGUCAUGUUCAUAGCUUUUGAAGAGGUGCAGUCGGAUACUUCUUUAAGCUCAUUAGUUGUUUCAGAACUGUAGUCGUUAUUGUUGUCUUCUGUUUUAUGAGAGUGUUGCUCAUUGAUGCUAAUUGCAUUGUUGGACUAGUGUCUUGCUAAUAGUGUAUCCUUGUUGAACUGUUUUCUUUGUUAGCAAGUAGUCUUCUUAGAUGAUCAACUAUUACUUAUUUGCUACUAUAUAAAGUAAAACAUUUUAUUCAGACCUCACCUUUGAAAGUUAGCUAUUAUUUGAAAUUUCCAUUUUUUUUUUCAUUAAAACAGUUGUGGUUUGUUUGUAGUUCUAGACAGUUUUCUUUGGGUAAUGGAGGAGUUCGUCUCUGCAGAGCUUUACUUGUCUUGAAUUUCUUACCAGGAUGUGUAUCUUUCUUCACCAAAGAAAAGAUUAUAGCUUAUCUGUUAAGACCAACUUCAAUAUCAGGGUGUCUUUUGUGAGACUUCAAAUUUCAUGGACGGUUCUUUCUCCUGCUAUCAGUUAUUAAUUUGUUUGCUUGUAGCUUAUAAUUCUCUUUAAUGUUUCAGGCUGGUGUUGCUUUGAAACAUGAUGAGGGAACAGAGAGCCCUGCAUUCUGGUUUGCACUUGGAGGGAAGCAAAGUUACACGAGCAAAAAGAGUGCUCAAGAGACUGUUAGAGAUCCCCAUUUGUACACGUUUUCAUCCAAUAAAGGUGCUGGUUCUCCAUAUUACUAGUUCUAGCUUUGAGUAUUUGAAACUGUUGGAUGAAGCUGAUCUCUUUUGACUCUUUAUUCUUAACCCCAUGCUGGUGCCCAGGAAAGUUUUAGGUCACCGAGGUUUACAACUUCUCUCAAGAUGAUCUAUUGACUGAGGAUAUGUUGAUACUACCUCAA